AUGCCGCCCACCGGUGCAAACUUCCGGAUUCAGGAUUGGGGCUAUCAAGCAGCCAUGACAGCUCAGAGGGUUAUCAUUAACAAUGGUCUGCCGAUGUCUAUCAUUUUGAUUGCGUGGAGCAUGGGUGGCCGGAUGAUCGUCCCUUUCAACAUCUGGGCUGAAAAGAACGGCUUGCAUGUUCAGCAAUUCAUAAGCUUCGCUGCCACGCCUGGAAUUUCUAGUAUUCGUUCCCCGGCACCGGGGAUGGCCUGCAGUGAGACAGGAUACUUUUGCAUCCCCAAUCGGUUGGAUGGUUUCUAUCAACAACUCAAAAUGAUGGAGGAGUGUAACGGUGGUGAAACGAUCAUCCCCAAGGAGGUUUUCUUACGUGAAUAUGUUGGAGGGACACCGAUCAAUUUGACGGGCGUGCGGUUGAAGUAUGAUGGAAAGGGCUCCUUUAUUGAAGAUGACUUAACGCAUGAAGAAGAAACGGGUGUUUUCGAUGUGGUUAAUCUCCCAUUUAUCACGGCUCUUUACCCCACUGAUAUUGUUGAUGCCAGUCAUGCUCUAACGGACAAGGCAACCUGGGGCUUCUUACUUAGCUAUCAACUGGAGGCUAUGAUUGGAAAAUCGGCGCUGCGGAAGAUUCAAGGGACAGCGAAGUGGCAGCAGCUAAUGGAUUUUGUUCAUUCUGCUCCAGGGCGACUCUGUUUUCCUGUCCCGGGUAGUCAUUUCUUCUUUGUUGGAGAGAAAUCUGCUCUUGAGGUGGCAGAGAAGGUGGUCGAACUUAUUUCUGUUGCGAAGGAAUUUCAAAAAAAAUUGUCUGAUAUAUUAUCGUAA